UCAAGGUCAGUAUGAGCAAGGCGGCUACUUCCCCGUCUCUCGGCUCGCAGUCCGGCUCGCAGCUGGAGUUGCGUUCACGCGACUCGACGCCCACGCCACACUCUUCGUGGUACGACGAGCAGGGCUACCUCAACGAACUCCAGAAAGGGGAGUUGGAGAGUUCGUUCGAGUCGUGGCCGCAGGAUCACCUGGAAUAUGAACACCCGACAAGCCAGGAGAUUGACCUGCGGUCACGCAGCAUGCAGACGCAGCUGCGUGCCGAGCAGACCGCGCCGAACGAGCCCGUCAUCCGCACCGCCGUCGAGGCGCCGCUUGAGGAAAAUGCCGGCGGAGAAGAGUUGUGGUUCGACUUCCAGAGGCUGCUGGGAACUCCACCGAACCGCAGUACCUUUCUGGCCUCGAUGGCUGUGCUCAUGGGCGUGUGCUUCAUAUUGGGCGUCAUCAUAUCACUUGCGGCUAAAGCGGGUCAGGGCGAAAAAGGAAACAACCUGGAGCUGAUUCCCGAUGCCUUCGACAACGAUCAGGAGGUAUUAGCCUGCGAGAACUCCGACGUCACGGUGUCCACAGCACGCCCGGAAAAGACAGAGCCGAUGACAGCUGCUCGCAGGAAGGCUACAGUUUCACGGCGACAAAGGAGUGCUACCGUCGUGUUCGCCUCCCGAAAGUCAGCGAUCAAAGCACGCAAGGUGGGCAGAGCUGCGCCGCGGCGUCGGAGGCGCCUAUUGAAGAGCACGACACGCAAGCGCAGUGUGCGAUCUUCAACGAGUCGCCGGCUGAAAAUCACGACGCGAAAGAAGAAGAGACAGCAUACUGCGGCAGCGAAGGCACGACGCCAUGGUACGGGGAGUUUUGCCAUGCGCGAACACGUCACGACCAAGAAGGGACAACGCAGCAGUGUGACUACAGAAGCCCCCGACAGUUCCAUUACAGAGCAGAG